GAGCUUGCACGCGGACCGAAGGUCUUGAAACUGGAGGAUGUAUCCUCUCGCCAGCUUGCAUUUGUGCUCGCAACCUCCCUCCCUUUCAUCCAUCCGAGCGACCUUGUUCACGUUGGCGGCGAAGCAGCCUCCUUGUGUGUCGAGUCUUGGGCCCAGGAAGCACUCUUGGAGGCGACAGUCCUCCGGUACAAGAAGAUCAAGGACAAGCACGCUGAGUCUGACGCCGUGCAGCAGGUGUCUCGUCUUCAUGUCUGGUUGUUGCAGCCUGACAAUCGGUGCUUUGGAUCAAGCCCGAGGUGA